UACAAAUCUAUUACAUUUAUUGAGUACUAGAUCUAGAGAAGGAUAUUAGCAGCCCCAGCUGCAAGUAAAGCAAUGGAGGGAAGUGACGAGGAGUUGAAUAUACCCUGGCUUGUGGAUCAGUACUCGCAGAUCCAAUACCACACAACGCUUGUUGAUCCCAUGAUAGACAGAGUAGAAGCGCAGUGUAAGCGGCUCUUCUUGAAGGAUUACAAUGUCGAGAUGCUCAGCAACCAGGCAGGAGAGUUGUGUGGUCAUUAUCCCAGACAUCUUAUCAUACCUACCACUUACAAAGAGUGUGCUCCUGUCGAGAUGGCUCAAGAAGUGAGCGGUCUGAUCCACAAGGCACGAUUAGCUCGGUGCCGGUCCCGAUUCCCAGCACCAGUGAUGGUGUACAGAGACAAGUUCGUUUGUAGGUCUGCCACACUGGCAACCACCGCGGAGAUACUGGGCAGGUCUGGUAUGGAGUGGUUGCAGGGGACUUGGGAUGAGUAUUCAAGUGAGUGGGAAACGUGCGACAAGUUGCGUGAGGCAGACAAAGACUUGUUGAACUACUUGAAAGUAAAACAUAUAUUUGACAUGAUGGUAGAAAACAAAAAGGUAAAGUUCGGACUAAGUAUUACUUCCUCUGAGAAAGCUGACAAGGAAAAGAGAUACUGUGAUUUUGAUCUGUACUCAGUCCCUUACCCAGGAACCGAAUUUUUCACUGAAUUCCGGACAAAACAGAUGUGUGCGGAAAACAUGCACUUUGACUGGGACCAGGCUUUUGUUAACGCAGAACUCAAACUCCCAAAUUCACCCAUAGUUAACGACAUUUCACUGGAUUGGCUUGACUAUAAGAAGUGGAACCUAAUAGAGCUGACAAGUUCGUACAUGAUGCUGCUCGUUAAAUGUUUAGGAGAAGGUGAAGGUGGGUUAUUGUUGCACUGCAUAUCUGGUUGGGACAGAACUCCUCUUUUUACAUCCCUCCUCAGACUAUCACUUUGGGCGGACGGUGCCACCCAUCAAAACCUUGAUGCGAAGGAAAUUUUAUAUCUGACAAUCGCCUACGAUUGGAUGUUAUUUGGACAUCAGUUAGAAGACAGACUGAGCAAACAGGAGGACGUCUUUCUCUUCUGUUUCUACUUCUUGCAGUACUUGAAAGAGGAUAAAUUUAGUAUACGACAGUACCAAGAUUCGACAACGCAGUUCAGAGCGGAGGAAGCGGUUCCGGGAGGAGGAGGAGAGAGCAAUACAAACAUGAUGAGGUUCAACUCAGUGGACAGUUUCACUGACACUGUGUGUUCUAAUAUCACUUCCUAUACCAACACUUCGACAGUUAACGGAUCUGAGAAUAACGGGACGACGAAAGGACGGAGCAGUAGUCCAGCAACCCUGAUGUUAGAAACAGACAAGUGCCAGAACGGAGCCCACUGUGUCAGAUCACGACAGAGCACCGGAAGUGUUAGUUCAAACGGUGUUAACGGUAACUGUGGUUCGUGCGGUAAUUCUGUUCCCAUAGCGACGAACGGGGAAGCUAGCAGUAACGGGUCCUCCUACGAUAACACCUUUCUACCCCAUGAAACUCAGCACGCACCAGAACAGGGCGAGGGUACAGACUCUGGACAGAACUAUCGAGGCAGCAACUCUUCCAUAGAUAGCUGGCUGAUGGUAUCUGGAUCCCUCCAGAAGGAGAACCACUUGGACAAGAUAAUGGAGUCAAAGAGACUCCAAAAACUCGAUAGCGUCUACCAGUACUUUGGCGAGGCGUUCGCGUACCUGGUGAGUAAAGGGACGAUAACCCCAACCUGUACCUCUUCCUGGAGCACGGUUAUCGGACAGUUAGCCGACAGCGUCUCUAAGGUUACGUUUGGGUUGAAGACGAAUUACCCUCCGGACGAAUCAUGUAGAAACACAUUUGAAAUGGUAGCGAUGAACAGUUUCAAUAGUUCUGGGAGAUCGGUCACUUAGGAUGCCUCCCUCAUACGGGAUUUAGCUCACCGUGAUUUAGGAAGCUGUGCUACCAGUCCAGGGCACGUGACGUCAUCGCCCUCACGUGACGUCAUCGCCCUCACGUGACUUUAUCGCCCUCACGUGACGUUACCAUUGAACAGCCUAAUGAAACUAACGGCUUGUCAUGACAAGAUAUCAUAUCUGAAUCCUUAGUUGGGUUUUGGCUUUGAUAAGCUGAUUAGUCGGAUAUCAAGAUUUUCUUUGAUUAAAAUACUGCGGGAAUUUGUUUUAAGCUGAAAGGGAGUGUGGUGACUGGUGAGUGGAUGAUUUGAAUUUCGGUUCUCUGUAAAAUUAUUAAAUCAUUCUUUGUUUGUAAUUUUGUGGGUUGGCUGGUUGAGAUUCCUGAAAUAUGAUAAGCUGUCACGUUGCCCAAAACUAAAAGAAAAAGUGAACAGAAUCACAAAAAUUAAUCAACGAUAACUUUAAUUAAUCAAAGUUUUUGCUGAUACACAUUAUGAUUAACUUCAUUGUGUGCGAUCGCUAAUUUUGUGUUAAAAAGGCUAGGUGUCAGCUAAGUUGCAAAGCUUGUUUUGAAUUCUCAUUUCGUUGGGUUCUGUUUUGAAUCGUUUUUCAGAUGUCUAGUUUUUCUGGGAUCUUUCGGGAAAUGUGCCGAUUAUAUAUAAUUUGAAGUAUUUGUUUAGGUGAUUUUAUGUUACAGAUAUGAUGGAAUUUUCAAUUUGCAUGCUUUAGUGAAAUAUAACACUUUUCUGUAAUAGUGAUGCCUCAUCCUAAAUUGAAAUUCUCUUCCAUUCUGAUUUCUAUGGGGGCAAUCCCCCUCCUCCGAACAAAAUUGUGGGUCAACUGAUUGGGCGUCACUAUACCAUAGCGUAGGAUGUUUUUCCGUCAUUUUUAGACGAAGAUUAGGGAGUUGACAUCACGGUCAAAUUGAUUUUUAUGCAAAGAGUUAGUUUAAGGCGUAAUAUUUACGUUUAUACGUACAGUUAGAGAACAAUUGUUAAUAGUUGUUUCCGAUACCCAUGCAAGUUACAAUUGAUCUCUCUUAAGUCCUUCGCUUUUCGAUUCAAUUCGUUUGUACAUGUGUUUUACAUGUCAACUAAUAGCUCAAUAAACUUAUGAAUGUUCGUCUUUUAAAAUGAGGCUGAGUCGGUUCACUAGCUUUAUACUAGAUUUUGUUACUAAAUCUAGAAGCUUCUGCGCACCACGAAUAAUUCUAUUCACAGUCUACUUCUAGCUGCACUGUUGGUACAUAUAAUGAUACUAAUACUGUAAUAUUAAUACUGGGAAUACUUAACAAAUCAUAAUUUAGAAUUUAGGCGGCCAUUUUGUUAGCAUGCAGAAUGCAGGGGUAUCUGAAAAUAAAAGGUAUCAGAUUUGAGUCGGACAACAAAAAUUUUAGACAGGCAAUGAAAAUUUUGGGCAGACAGUAAGAAUUUUAGGAAACGAAUGUGUGUCAACUUCAAGUAAGAGUGCACAUCGUUAAUUCGAGAUGCUUCGGUCGGAUUUAACGUUGACCCCGCCAUUUUCCGCCUUUGUUUUUUUCCAGAUAAUGAUCGACAAGUGAAUUAAUGAGGGUAGAUUUUAUACAAUUCUUCUUGUUUAUCCAUCACUUGCCAAUCACUAUAUGGACAAACUAAAAGCGUGGGGAAAGACUUGAUACACCUCUUACUUCGGCCGCCAAGAGAGGUAUACGACUUGUAUCAAGAAAAGACAGGGUGACGCUCGAUUCGACUAACUUUUCGACUGGUAUUAUAUUAACGAUAUACGGGUUAAUAAUAAAAUUAAAUAUCCCAUGUCUGUGAAGUAAAAAGGGUUAUUUAAUUUUGGUAAAUUGUGGAGAUGUUUUAUUUCGUAGAUAUGAUGAAAUGUGAGUUGUAGUUGUAAUUGAAUUGAUUGCAUUUUCGGUUCAAGUUCGGCCACGAUUA